UGAUGCAGCGCGGGGGCGACGGCGACGGCGGUUGCGGCGGCGGCCGCCAUGUUGUGGUAGUUUUGUUGUUCUCCUGCGGUGGGUGAGCGCGGAGGGGCGAUCCGCGGCGACGCUGAAUCCGAGCCCUUCUCCGGCCCCCCGCUCCCCGCCGCUCCUGGGGGCGGCGCGGGGGUGGCUGUCGGGUGCCGCCGCCUGGGCGAGGCGAAGAGCCAUGGCUGCCGCCCUGGGAGGAGGCGCAGAUGAUGACUUUGAUCAAUUUGAUAAGCCUGGUGCAGAAAGAUCUUGGAGAAGAAGAGCUGGAGAUGAUGACUGGGACAGUGAACUUGAUGAUGACUUGCUUGGAGAGGAUUUGCUAGCUGGAAAAAAGAAUCAGUCAGACUUGUCGGAUGAAGAGCUGAAUGAUGAUCUUCUGCAAAGUGACAAUGAAGAGGAACAAGAAUUUCGUUCUCAAGGUGUCACAGUCAGCCUCAAUACUACAUCCAACUUGCUUACAUCCUAUGAACUCUCUGAAACCAUUAAUGAUCGAUCAAUAGAACAUGAGUCUGAAUAUGACCAAGGGGAAGAUGAAAUCGUUUAUGACAAAUCUGAAGCACCUGAAGUAUAUGCUUCAGAGUAUGGAGAGGAAGAACAUUAUGAAGGCAAUGAUCCUGACCUGACAGAAGACCAAAUAGAAUAUGGGGAAGAGCCUGGAGAAGAAGAUGAAGUGCUAGAGCUUGAAAUCAAUGAACCCCUAGAUGAAUUUCCAGAUGAAGAUUACAUGCAGUCCUAUAAUGAGCAGGGAAUGGAAGAACAAGAAGAAUACACAGCUGAUGAGGAACUGGAAGAAUCCCACACAAUGGCAAAUGAAUCAGAAGAGGCAGCUAUUGAAUCUCUGGAACUACAAGAAGAAGCAAAAGAAGAGUCUGAUGAAGAAGAGGAUGAUGAUGAAGAGUCUGGACGAUUACGUUUCAAGACUGAACGGAAAGAAGGAACAAUAAUUCGACUCUCGGAUGUAACAAGAGAAAGGAGAAACAUUCCAGAAACUUUGGAACUUUCUGCAGAAGCCAAAGCAGCAUUACUUGAAUUUGAAGAGAGGGAAAGGCAGCUUAAACAGGGACGGUAUGGCUCAAGGAGAGGAGGACGAAGAGGAGGAUCGGUUAUGUGCCAUGGAAUGGGAGAACAAAGGAGGGACAAUGAUAGGGGAAGAAUGAAGGAUCACAGGCCUGCAUUGCUGCCAAACCAGCCAUCAACAAUGACUCAUUCACAGAGGUUAAUUCCAACACACCAGCAACCUGUUAGGAGUCUGUUCCAGCAGCACCAACAGCAGCAACAGCAACAACAGCAACAGCAGCAGCAGCAGCAACAACAACAACAGCAGCAGCAGCAACAGUUACAAUCUCUGCUUCCUUUACAGCAUCAGCAUCAUUCUUCUCCUCCUCCAGGGCUACAUAUGCCCCCUCAGAUAGAAACGCCUAGAAUAAUGAUGACUCCACCCCCAGUGACACCUCAGCAACCGAAGAACAUACACAUAAAUCCUCAUUUCAAGGGGACAGUAGUGACGCCUGUACAAGUGCCCUUGCUGCCCGUUCCAGCCCAGCCAAGACCUGCAGUAGGACCCCAGAGAUUUCCUGGCCCUCCAGACUUCCAGCAGCAUCCACCUGGACCAGUACCUACCAACUUCUCCCAAGCUCCAAGGCUGCCAAUCCAGGACCAGUGGAGAGGACCACCACCACCGCCACCACCACUCCCUCCUCCUCCUCCUCAGGACAGAGAUCCUUUCUUCAUAGCAGAUCCAAGGUUUCCAAGUCAUCACUUGUUUGAGCAGCGAAGUCCCCCCCCACCACCUCCUCCCCCACUUCUAAACAGUGCCCACCCUGUCCCUACCCAAAACCCAAUGCCGUUCAGCCAGCCCGGCCCAGCGUUUAACCAGCAGGGACAGCAGCCUGUAUUCCCCAGAGAGCGCCCGGUACGGCCCAACAUGCAGCCUCAAGGUCCCGUGGGGAUUCUCCACUUCAACCAGCCGGGUUCUGCAAACCCUCGGCCCUUCAUCCCUCCGAGGCAGCAGUUCCUGCAGGCUCCAGGACAGCCCUUCCUCGCCGCACACACCCAGCCCGGCAUGCAGGGUCCCUUGCAUCCUCCACUACAGCCUCAGCCACAGCCUCCACCUCAGCAACACCAUCAUCAACAGCAGCAGCAGCAGCAACACCAUCACCAGCAACAGCAGCAGCAACACCAUCAUCAUCUCCAAGGGCCACCACAGCCCCUGAUGCCCAUGAACCAGCCACAGUUCAGGCCUCACAUGCAGGCCACACAGCAGCAGCCAAAUAACAACAGGAUGCAGUGUCAGCCACGACAGGGUCCAAUGAAGCCAAGACAUAAUACACCAUCACAAAAUAUUGUCAAGCGUCCAAAUCAGCAGCUACAGACGACUGCUCCAAGAAACAGUAACUUGCGUGAGCUGCCAAUAGCACCAUCACAUGCUAUGGAAAUGAACAACAAUAGGAGAGCCUCUACCCCAGCUGCUCAGGUCAAACCCAUCACCAGCACCAUGUCUGCCACCAAGCCUGGUGUUGGAAACUCACAGGGAAGACCUGAGAUGAAAGCUAAAGCAAUCACACCUGUGGGCCAGGCAAAAUCAGAAGUAAAAUCUGAAUCAGAGUAUCCAGAUGAAGAUGAAGAAACUCGAUUGUAUCGUUUAAAGAUAGAAGAACAGAAGCGCCUAAGGGAAGAAAUCCUGAAACAAAAGGAGCUGAGACGGCAGCAGCAGGCUGGUGCUAGGAAGAGAGAAUUACUUGAAAGACUUGCUCAGCAGCAACAGCAGCAACAACCUGCACAGCAGUCCUACAUGCAGCAGGAGGAGGAGGACAACUCCGAGUUCCCCGCCAAUGGCAGCCCUUACAUACCCCAUUCUGGCUUCCAGACCAGGCAAAAUGUGAAAAACAGACUCCUUGUUAAAAAGCAAGACAUGGUAGUUCCAAAUAUCCAACCCAAACCCACAGAUUUCCCACAGGUGGGGGCGAAUAUGCAGUAUCAAGGACAGCAGAUUAAGCCAGUGAAGCAGCUGAGGCAGACUAGAACAGUACCUCUGAGUCAGCCUCAGGCUCCGCAGAAAGUAUUACAGACAAAACCUGCUGCAGCUUCACUGCCCACGACACAGACUGCUCGAGUGGCUUCAGUACAAGCAAGGCCUCAGGAACUGAAACCUGGUGUGAAAAGGACUGUCAUGCAGCGGACAAACAGUGGUAGUGGAGAUGGGCCCCAUGUCGGCAGCAAAGUCAGGGUGAUUAAGUUGUCAGGAGGGCAGGGGGGAGAGGAUGCUGGCUAUUUUCACCCCGAGGGCCAGCCCCAGCGGCCUCAGCAACCCCCGGAGCCGAAACAGCAGCCAGUGCGGAAGGUCACAUUGACAAAGGGAAUGCAACAGCAGCAGCACCAACAGCAGCAGCAGGCACAGAUCCAUUCAGCAGCUCCUCAAGGAGUCAAAAACAUCCAGGGAAUCCAUCAGCCUAAAAAGGUCAUUAUGCACGGGAGAGGCAGAGGAGUAGCAGGCCAGAUGGGCCGAGGACGCUUGAUGCCAAAUAAACAGAACCUGCGAGUGGUGGAGUGCAAACCUCAGCCCUGUGUUGUGUCAGUUGAAGGGCUUUCUUCAUCAACUACUGAUGUCCAACUGAAAAACCUGCUGAUGUCAGUGGGACCCAUCCAGAGUUUACAGAUGCUUCCUCAACAACGGAAAGCCAUAGCAAAAUUUAAGGAGCCAGCACAUGCUUUAGCAUUUCAACAGAAAUUCCACAGGCACAUGAUAGAUCUGUCCCACAUAAACGUGGCACUGAUAGUUGAGUGAUGUCUGCUGAGAGAAACCCUGACACUGACAGAAGCCUGCUCUGGAGCUACACAAGGCACAGUGACAAAACCAUUGGGUUGCAAAACCUUUCAGCUUAGUCUUUAGUUGCUCUCUUGAACUACAGAAAGCAGCAAGAGGUCCCUCAGAAGAGCUGAACUUGAGAGGAUCUGCAGAGGUGGAAUUUCUGUUGGGUUUGUUCACUUUCUGUUGUAACCAGAUGGAACUACAGAGUAUUCUUUCAAAAUGCUUUCAAUGCAUGUAGACACUGUUCUUCAGGAUCCUACUGUGUGACUGCAGUGACUUGAGAGAGAACAUUGACAUCGAAAGAUCUGAAAACUUUCUUCAUAGCAAAGAAUAUUUGAUAAUGGUUGCUCUUAUCUUCAGUGCAAGGUGUUUGAAUGAAAACUCACUUUUCUAAACAAAACCCAUUAAUUACAUUGUAUAUCUGUAUGUGCAGAAGAUACUCUUGCAUAGACUUAAAUGUGGUCUACUUCACUGACUAGCAGUAUGCUGAGAAGCUUUGGAGGUGAUGCUGGAAAACUGUAGUUUUGAUUUUUGUAAAUAUGUUAAGUCUGUCUUUGCGUUUUUCUGUUCCAACACAGACUUCCAUCUCCUUCCAAUUCCACCUAUUCCAUAAAACCCUGGGUAGGAGUAACAUUGCUGUAUUUUCCCUUGGUUUUUAAAAACAAGGAUCUUUGCCCUUCAGUAUCUUCCUGGGGUAAUGAAUGUCAAGUUGUAACUAGGUUGAUUUAAAUGACGUUGCCAGAUACAAGGAGAAAGAAAUAUUUAGUGGCUCAAUUAAAAAAAUGUUACAUAGGAAGAGUGGGAAAUUCCUAAGUUCUUUUGGGCUAGUGUUUCAUCAUUGCCUUACACUUUUUUUAAUCAUUUUUUUUUCUUUGAGAUUUAUUUUGUGAUUAAUGAUGAACCAUAAGAAACCCAUAACUGAAAGGACUUGGUUUGAUGUAUUGUUCCCAAAAUGUGCAGGAUUCUUAAGAGCAUUGUGAAUCUGCUGGUGAACAUGGCAGUUCCCCAAACUAAUGUGCAAACAUAACAGAGCUUAUAUUUUAUCGAAAGUAAAAUCCAUAGUAUUGAUUGGAACCAUCUAGAUGGUGGUGCCAAAAGAACAAUUUUUUUCAGUUACUUCUGAAUAAACUUAUUAAAAUGCCAUCUUUAUAUUGGAUUCCAGUUUUUAUGAACAUUCCCUUAGGUUUUAGACUGAGCUUUUGCUUCAUCCUUCAUUUUAGGAGUACUCUUAAGUACUCCACUCACUAUUUAAAAGAGGAGAUUUACAGAAACCUUACAGGUUUGUUACCUGAGUGGCCACAGAACAGCAUUGUUGGUAUGUAAUGAAACAGCUGCAGAUGGGAUCCAAAAUAGGUAUGCUAAGCUUGGAAAGAUGAACUAAAAAACUAAUUUAAAAUAGCAUAGGGUUUUUUUUCUUUUUCUUUUUUUUUCCCCCCCUUUUUGAUUUUUUGUUUGUUUGUUUGUUUUGUUUUGUUGUUGUUGUUGUUGGGAUUUUUUUUAAGAUUUAAUGGUAAACAAGUCACAAAGACCUAAUUGUCUUUCUAACAGUUUUGGUCUAGAUUUUCAAUUAAGUAGAAGUAGAAGUUACUGAAAAUAAUGAAUGAACAGUAAAUACUGCCAAAAGUCUUCUAGGUAAAACUACUCUUUGUUCACUGGAAUAGUACACAAUAGUGUAGUACUUUGGAAAUAUCUCACUGAGAAAAACAUUUAAAGAAUACUCUAAACCCAUUUACAGCCUAGUGACCAGACACAUUAACUUCAUGAGAAUUUUUGCCUUAAAACUGAGUUUUACACCCACCUCUACAGUGCUCCAUUUAUGCCUAAUACUUAAUAGCAUCCAGCACAAUUACUGUUCAUAAAGUGUAAUUAGUGCUUCAGGGUGCCCAGGACAGAGAAUGAGCCACAGGUAGGAUGUGCACAUUGGGAGCCAACCCUGAAGACUCAGGGGAAGUGAUCUGGCACGUGCUGUUUCCCUCCUCACACCGUGAGCACUAGGUCCCUUACACUGCCCCCUUAGGUUGUGUGAUUUUUAUUUUAAAGAAAUAAAUGCUUAUAUUUAAAAUGAGUCAUUAAACAGUUAUUUUAUCCCACUGUUAGGGAGCAGCUUCUCUCUAACAAGAAGAUUGGGAAGACAUCUCAGAGUGGAGUGAUAAUAGUUUGUGUCUGGAAAUGUGGGUUAGAUGCAAAUGCCAGACAGGCCAGCAGCUGUGUUCAGUAGUAGGAACAUCUGCAGUUGAUCAGCUGUCCUGUCAGCAGCAAACAUUAUUGGGGUUAGAGGGUUUCUUGGAGCCUAAGAAUAUGGGUUUGAUUCAAAAGUCAAAGAACUUUGUAGCAGCGCUUCAGCUUUGGGUUUUGAAUCCAUCCCAAAGAGGCUGAGGUUCAGCCAAAUUCAGUUUUAAAAAUUUUUAUUCAGUUGAGUUUUUAAUUUUAAAUUUUUUUUAUAUACAAUUGUGUGGCUUUGGAAUGAAGACAUGAAAUUGCCUCAGAUCUAUUUAAAUGUAGGAGGCAACGUAAUCAAUGCCUGUUUAAUGACUAGAUGCAGCCUCUUUAAAGGCAGUUGCAGUAGAUUAUUCCUUGUGUGUAGACAGUAUGGGUGGAUUGCUGGUGAUUUAUUUUAGGUGCUUAUUGCAGUAUUUGGGUAUCUUACUGUAAGUAAACUCACUAUAUGUAUGUAUGUCUAUAUGCAUUUUAUUAUACACAUACAUACAUUCAUACUCACACCUGAGUUGACACCAUCUCUCUCUAAUAUCCGAAAAAAACUGUAGCAAAUGUAGCAGAUAGGUGAGCCAUUUGUUUAAACGUUUGUUCUCAAAUCCUGACUUAAAGUGGAUCUCUUGGCAAUGAUCAGUUUGGAUGAUAGAGCUCUUUUAGAUCUAUUUGUUGUCUCCUCCCAAAAAACCCUGAAGGAAGCGGAGGUAAAGCCAGAUGGACGCGUUCUUCCCGUGUUCUCUUUCAGCACAUGGUUCAAUCCGAACAUCUUAAGUUAACUCUCUUGGAAGAUCUGUUGCAACCAUUAUCUUGUUCUUUCUUUAUCAUGCAUUCAAAAUAUGAUGCAAAAUGGAAAAAAAAAAAAGGCAUUUAAAGUAGUAUGUAAAUAUUGACCUUUUAAAAUUAAAAUGUUACUCUAAGUACUUACAGUCAACCACAUCUUACCUAUUUGUUAGUUUUUUGUGUUGUCUUACCUAAGUUUAAUGGAUACGGUUCCAUAAAUGUUGAUGUGUUUUUGUGUAUAUCUUCAAAUUUUUAUAAAGAUGCUAGUAAGUCAAUACAUAUAUCCUGAUCUGUGUAUUAUUUGUUCACAGUUUUUAUUAGCAUAAUUUUAUA